GGCGCUGGAUCAGCUGGGUGAAUACGCGACUGUGCUACGCCUUUCAGUCUUCAGGGGAAAACCUGUGGAUUGUGGUCUGCUCUGAAAACUCUGAAGCAACUAGCAACUAGUUGCUACUAAGUUUCCUCCAUUUUAGUUCGUUUUUAACAUUUUCCGUGCGUAAAAACUCUGGAUAAGUCGCGCAACAGGAUUUAAAAAAAAAGUCAAUUCGUGUUAGGUUUUUUUUUCUCGCUUAAAACUUGGAGUUAAAUCACUAGUGGAGUGACAGACAACCGGGUGUGCGGACUGAAGCUGCGUGACCGUGGACUGACGAGCCUCCACUCACACUCAUUCACUCACCCACUCGCGCAUUUUCACUGCGUAUCUGCUGGGAAACGUUUUCCCUUCUCAACACAUGAACUGCUGCGAGCAAAAACCCUGACAAGAAGAAGAAGAAGAAGAAGAAGUGUGAGAGCAAACAUGGGCUGCACCAUCAGCGCCGAGGACAAGGCUGCAGUGGAGAGGAGUAAAAUGAUUGACAAAAACCUGCGGGAGGACAGAGAUAAAACCUCCAGAGAAGUCAAGCUGCUUCUGCUCGGAGCUGGGGAAUCUGGGAAAAGCACAAUCGUAAAGCAGAUGAAAAUCAUUCAUGAGGAUGGCUACUCAGAAGAGGAGUGCAAGCAGUACAGAGUGGUGGUGUACAGUAACACCAUCCAGUCCAUCAUGGCCAUCAUCAGGGCGAUGGGCCGGUUAAAGAUAGAUUUUAGAGAAGCCGCACGGGGGGACGAUGCCCGUCAACUGUUUGCCCUGGCGAGCUCAGCGGAGGAAGGAGUGAUGUCAGCAGAGCUGACCGGAGUAAUUCGGAGGCUGUGGACAGACAGUGGCGUUCAGGCCUGCUUUGAUCGCUCCCGAGAGUAUCAGCUCAACGAUUCUGCUGCAUACUACCUGAAUGACUUGGACAGAAUCUCUGAGCCGGACUACGUCCCCACUCAGCAGGACGUGUUGCGCACUCGUGUGAAGACCACUGGCAUCGUGGAAACUCACUUCACCUUCAAAGAUCUCUACUUCAAGAUGUUUGAUGUUGGAGGUCAGCGCUCGGAGAGGAAGAAGUGGAUCCAUUGUUUUGAGGGAGUCACUUCAAUCAUUUUCUGUGUAGCGCUCAGCGACUACGACCUCGUCUUGGCUGAGGAUGAGGAAAUGAACCGGAUGCACGAGAGCAUGAAGCUUUUUGACUCCAUCUGCAACAACAAGUGGUUCACACGCACCUCCAUCAUCCUCUUCCUCAACAAGAAGGACUUGUUUGAAGAGAAGAUCGGCAGGAGUCCGCUCACGAUCUGCUACCCCGAGUACUCUGGUGGGCAGUCGUAUGAUGAUACAGCAUCUUACAUCCAGUGCCAGUUUGAAGACUUAAAUAAACGAAAGGACACAAAGGAGAUCUACACACACUUCACUUGUGCCACAGACACCAAGAAUGUGCAGUUUGUGUUUGACGCAGUGACUGACGUCAUCAUCAAGAUUAACCUGAGGGAGAUUGGGCUCUACUGAGGCUUCAGCCCCUGCAGGUGUCAGGAGAACUGUCGGCACGUCGGGGGUUUCUGGUUUGUCCUGAUUGCAGGGAGCGAAUAGGAAAGUAGGUGUUACUACAGACAGAGUUGAUGGUCAUGCAGCCCACGCUGACGUAAUUUCAACCAUAUAGGGACAUGCUACUGUGAUCACUUUUGACUUCAUAUAUUUUACAACGCAGAGCAUACGAGGAGGACUUGAUAAGUCACGGAGGAUUGGGAAAUGAAUCUCUGUAGGGCUGGCAGGUAAAGCCCCACUGAUGCAUUUCUAUAUUAUUGUGUCUGUUGUCAGUACAUGGACCAAGAGAGACUGUGUUUAUCAAACGUCUUUCAUAGCUGAUAUGAAAAUUUCAAUUGACUUUUUUGUGUUUCAUCUUCUCUUAGCUCUAAUUUGUUUCACCUGGCUAAUAUUGAACAGUUACGUUUGAUAUAGUUUUUUUUAUUAUUAUUUUUAGCUGCAAUCAUAGUGUUUUUCACUUUUUAAUGUGUGAAUGCCAUAACUUGAAGAGUUUUUUUUUUGAGCAGUUUUCAUGUAUUUAACAUAUCAUUUUGGGUCUGGGUGUAGUUAGCGAGAGGCUAAUGAACUCAGUAGCAGCAUUGCUGUCUGCUUAGGUAAUUUAAUUUGUAAUUAAACCACAUGCUGUUUGACCCUAUUUUUUUAUUAUUAUGCUUUAUCACUGCAAAUCCGUUUUCUUCUUUUUUUCACUAACUUGCUUCACUCACUGGAGGGAAUCAUUUACUCCUGUGGUGCUGUCAGCAAAGAAAUAUAAACACCUAAAACGUAAAAAAAAGAAAAGUGUUACAGCGUGAUGUGGUUAGCGGCUGUAUUUGUGUUUUCAUGCUGUAGCUCUCGCAAAAUACUACAAUCUGCUGCUGAUGUUGAUGAUAUGCUGGAGCGGAGCAUAAUUUGGGUUUCGCCCCCUGGUCGCCAUACAUAUGGCUCACUUUGAAUUUCUACAGUUGUAUCGGUUUAUUUAAACAUUAUUAAAUGAUGGCACAAAGCUGUCUCGCCUGUGUUCUCUUUGAAAGAUGAAAUCAAUAACAAAAUCCCAGUCCAGCGACACUACAGACUAAAGCAGCACAUCUGGAGCUGAGAACGUUCCAGCUUCCAGUUUUACUGUAUGUCGUCUCAGUCGUAUAAAACUCCACACAUGUUGAUUAAUUAUUCAAGUGGUUAUAAAAAUACAUUCAAAUGAAUGACUCUGAUGUACGUGAUGCAUGUCGGGACAUCUUAGUGCAGGUGAAAUGAUAUUGCAGGUGAUUCUGUUCAUUUGCUGCUUUUACUAAUUUCUUGAAAAGACCAAAACCAACUGUGUCAUUCUGCACUAAAAACUGACUCCCACAUGUUUCA